AUGACGUGGUUUACCACGUUCGGCUGCGUUGACACAUGGGUGUCAGAUGGCGGUUCUCACUUCAAGAACGAAGUGAUCGAGAAGGUGCGGAAGUUGGUGGGUGCCCACCAUCAUAUCACGACAGUCUACAGUUCUUGGGCGAACGGGACUGGAGAAGUAGUCAACCGACAAGUGCUGCGCGCCGUGAAGGCGCUGCUCAGCGAAAUGAAGCUCAACGCCGACGAAUGGCCGCAUGUGUUGCCCCUCGUUCAAGGCGCCCUCAACCAUCAGCCGGCGGACCGGCUGGGAGGAAUUGCGCCUGAAGUUUACGUCGCGGACUGGCUUGGCGCCGCCCGUCAGAAACAUGUGACGGACCUCCAAGUGGCGCUAGAAGAAACGCACCGCAACAUGGCGGUGCAAAGCGACAAGUUGCGUCAGCAAGCGCGUGGACGUCGCGACCGAAAGACCCAAGUCAAGUUUGCGGGUUUUUCGGUCGGCGAUUUUGUGCUUGUCGGAUCGGUUGUCAACCGUCCGACAAAAUUGGCCCUGCAUUGGCGAGGACCCUGCCAAGUGACCAGAGUCAUCACAGACCAUGUGAUGGAGACUCAGCAGCUGGUGCCACCGUAUGAAGUCACGGUCCAUCAUGCGUGCCUACUGAAGAUGUACCACGAAGGUGGUAGAGAGGUGACCGAAGACCUCGAGGCGCAGGUCGCGUUUGGCGAUGGCGGAUUUCAUGUGGAGCACCUGGACGAAGCGCGCUGCGUGGAUGGCCAACACCAAGUUUUGGUGAAGUGGCUUGGAUUGGACGAUGAAGAAUCGUCUUGGGAACAUGCGGCAAAUUUGCUGGACGACAUUCCAGUCGUAUUUCGCCAGUGGGCGGCGGCGAACAAGGAAGACUCUGCCGUGGCCGCCCUCGUCAAGACAAUGGACUUUCCGUAG